GCGAGGCAGCGGACCAGCGUGGAGCGGAGCGCAUCUCCUGGACCACGGGGCAGGAGGCUGCGGUGUCGGGGAAGACAACUCCCGCAGGGCGCGCGGGCGACAGGCAUGGAGCGCCCAGUGCGAGUGAGGACCUGGGUGCAGAAGAAUCAGGCCUUCUUCCAGCCUCCGGUUUGCAACAAGCUUAUGCACCAGGAACAGCUCAAGAUCAUGUUUGUGGGGGGUCCCAACACCAGGAAGGACUACCACAUCGAGGAGGGCGAGGAGGUGUUUUACCAGAUGCAAGGAGACAUGGUUCUCCGAGUCCUGGAGCGAGGGCAGCACCGGGAUGUGGUCAUUCGGCAGGGAGAGAUAUUUCUCCUGCCUGCUCGCGUGCCCCACUCCCCACAGAGGUUUGCCAACACUGUGGGGCUGGUAGUUGAACGGAGGCGGCUGGAGACGGAGCUUGAUGGGCUCAGGUAUUACGUGGACAAUACCACUGACAUCCUGUAUGAGAAGUGGUUCUACUGCGAAGAUCUUGGCACACAGCUGGCUCCCAUCAUCCAGGAGUUCUUCCACUCGGAGCAACACAGAACAGGAAAGCCCAUCCCUGAGCAGCUGCUCAAGGAGCCGCCCUUCCCUCUGAGCACACGGCCUGUCAUGGAGCCCAUGUCGCUGGAGGCCUGGCUGGACAGCCACCACAGCAAGCUGCAAGCAGGCACUCCCCUCAGCCUGUUUGGGGACUCCUAUGAGACCCAGGUUAUCGCCCAUGGACAGGGCAGCAGCCAAGGUCCAAGACUGGAUGUGGAUGUGUGGCUAUGGCAGCUGGAGGGCUCCUCGGUGGUGAUCAUGGGAGGCCAACGCCUGAGUCUGAGCCCCGAUGACAGCCUGCUGGUGCCGGCUGGGUCCACGUACAGCUGGGAACGAGCCCAGGGCUCCGUGGCACUGUCUGUGACCCAGGACCCUGCCCGCAAAAAGGCCUUGGGGUGACCCACUCGCUGUGGGCACUGAGUAAGCACCGUCCCACAUGCCAAGGACUUCUCUUCUGCUACCAAGUAUCACACCCCUCCCCUGCCCUGACACCAAGUCCCCAACCUUGUCCUCCUCCCUACUACGUGCUUAGCCCAGGAUGCAGUACAUCCUCUUCUCUAACAGCCCCACCCACUGCUCCUGUGACCAGCUGUGUCCACAACCCCAACCCAACAGGCUCAGCACAGCACUCAAUAAAGCCUUCCU